GAACUUCGAAAACAAUCGUUAGGUCCAAAUCAUCUUGAUGUUGCUGAGUCUUUAAACAAUCUUGGUAUGGUGUUUGUUAAAACUGGAAAUGACGACAAAGCUUUAGAGUUUUACGAAAAAGCUCUGGAAACUAAAAAACAAUCGUUAGGUCCAAAUCAUGUUGAUCUGGAAAUUAGAAAACAACCCUUAGGUGAAGAUUAUAUUGAUCCCACUGCGUCUUUGAGAAGGUUUCGUACAAAAAGAAAAAAACCUGAAAAACCUAAAAAAUAUGAUGCUCAAAAAACUCAGAGUAAAUUUAAAGUUCCAAGUCCUGCUCAUGUUUCUCUGUCAUCAAAAUAUUUUGGUGAUGUUAGAUACACCAAACUUACACCAGACGAAAUCAGAAAAAUUGGUCAGAAAGUUGCAAAUGAUUGGAACAUACUGGGUGGUCUUCUGGAAAUACCGUUUUACCAACGGGAUAAAAUUGCUGUUAGUCAUAAAAGUUAUCGAAACCCCUCCGUAAACGCUGAAAGGAUUUUGGAGAUCUUCAAUGAACAAACAGAAUUUGAUCGAUAUUUAUUGAAUAAAUGCCUUGAAGUAAUAAGUCUUGAUUUGGAUGAAAUUUUGUCUCGCACAAUGCAGUAUAAUCGGGAAAAUCCACCUUAUGAAAGAACAAAGUCGAUUCAGUCUUUGAAUAAAGGUACAAAGGAGACGUCCUGUAAAGUGGAAAAAUUGGUCACUUCUGGUGGUGGCAAUUUGAUGAUGGUCGACGUUAAUUUUAAAGUUGGUCCUGGCUGUUUAGAAAACAGUACAAUGAUAAAGUUGGUCAAGGUUAACAAUCCAAGCUACAUCAAAAGUUUGCGGAGAUUGGAACUUCUUCAAAGUAGCAUAUGUCAUCUGCAAUGUCUUCCUAACGGCCUGCAUUUCUUGAAACCUGCUCAAUUGCAAAUUAACAUCAAUGGAAAAAGAGGAAAAGAUAAAAGUUUGGAAGUGGUUUUUGCUCUUUAUGGAUCCUACUCAAAUGAUAGCCAAAAAAUUGAGUGGAAGUGGGCGGAAGAAAUUGAUGUAAAUGAAACAAGGAUUUUACUAAACAUUUACAAGUUUUCUUGGUACAGCUUCAUUACAACUACUCUUUCAUUUAUUCCUCGUAUUUUAUGUCAUCUCAACCAAGAUUUUGUUGCUUAUGCAUAUGUACUCCAUCGAAGAUCAUCAGAAAUGGAAACAUUAGAUAUUAAAGUUGUCUUUGUCAGCUCUUUCGUGCGUGAAAAGUUAGAAGAUUCACCAAUGAUAAAAUUGGCCAAAGAUUGGGAAGACUUCCACGUAAAUAAUAACAAUGAAGAUAUCAAUAAUAUCAACACGGAUCGAUAUCAUGAAAUACAGCUAAAUUUUCCUGGAAAGGAAAUUGAUUCAUACAGCUUUAAAAUAGACAUUGGAAAGCUUGAUGAAGAUGGCUACGUAAUUGAUCACUUUAGCAACAUACAUGUAAACUUUCCUGCCAAAGGAUAUUUGGAGGUGAACGAACUUGACUCACAAAGUGGAAACAAAGUUUUGAAGUGGAAAUUGGAUAUUGAAGAAAAGAACUCGAAUGAAGCCAUGAACAAUAACGAUAAAGAUGAUGAUGACCGAAAAAGCAGCAAAAGAAAGGGGAAUGAAAUGUCGGAUUUUUCAGAACGAAAGGCCUCUGUUAAUGUUUUACAUAUGGAUGGGGAUAAAGCAAGAGAAGGUAGUAAUAAUCAUCAUAAAGACGAAAGUAGAACAAAGGGGAAUGAAACGUCAGAUUUAUCAGAACAAAAUAAGUCUGUUUUUGAUGUUUCACAUAUCGAUGUGGAUAAGCUAAAACAAGGUAGUAUAAGUAGCUGUCGUAAAGUGGAGAAAUUAAUUACUGCAGAUGGUGGUGUUGUACAAUUGGAUGAUAUUAAGCUGACUAUUGAUACAAAUUGUGUAGCUCAACCAACGAUGAUAAAGUUGAUUAAAGAGAAUAAUGGUGUUUCUUUCUGGAAUAUACCAUUAUAUUUGAACAACGAAAAUUCCCUGAAAGUUCUUUGUUCUCUGAAUUGUCUUCCAAAGGGCAUAAAAUUUCACAGUCCUGCUAUUUUGAGCGUACGUGUUCAUGAGACCGCAUUGGUUGUGGAGAACACUUACGUUUUUUGUGGCUCGUACAUAGACAACGUAGAGUCCAUUACUUGGAACAUAACAAGUGAUGUGAACAUUGAUGUCGUAAGAAAGUUGAUCAGCAUAAAUAUUCCAGAAAGUGCUCCCUACAUUUACCUUGCUGGAAAGUCUUUGAAAGAACAUCGAGUCCUCAGUCAUUUGAAUCAUUCUUUCAAGUGCCGUGUUUUUGUAUUUCAUCGAAGGUUGCCACAGUUAGAAAACAAAGUAUUUGAUUUAUCUGUCGUAUUCAUCAGUGAAUACACGAGAAAUGAUAGACAGUUUACUGAUCAUUUGGAAGAGGGCUACACUAAAGGAGUGGAAGGAAAUUUGGAGAUUAUUAAGACAGAUCGAAAACAUCAUUUAAUUUUGGAUAUUCCUGGAACUAAGUUUCCAACAUUUACGUUUGAUUUUAACGACGAAGUUCUUGACAACGAAGGUCACGUAAUUCAUCAUUUUAUGGGAAGUAACAUACCAUACCCUGUUAAUGGAUGGAUGAAAAUAACUCAAGUUGAUACAUUACUCAGUGGUAAUGAAAAAGUACUUUGGACUCUUAAGAUUAACGAAAACCAGCAAACUGGGAAUUUUAAAGUUGAUCUUCGUUACACUAAACUAACAACAGAGGAAAUCGAGAAAAUUAGUCAGAAAGCUGCAACUGAUUGGAAUGAACUGGGUGGUCUUCUUGAAAUACCUAUUGAACAACGUCAUGAAAUUAAUGUUAACCGCAAAAGUUUUCCAAAUCCCUCAGCAAAGGCUAAAAAGAUUUUGGAGAUCUUUAAUGAACGAACAGAUUUCGAUCGACAUUUAUUGAAGGAAUGCCUUGAAAAAAAAUAUCUUUAUUUGGAUGAAAUUUUGGCUCCCACAAAGCAGACAAGCAGAAAUGAAGAUGUUUUAACUACUCGGGAAAUAUGUCAACUGAGUUGUCGUAUAGCAAGUUUCUGGGAUACAAUGGCUUUCUUGAUGAAUUUGGAAAGUUAUGAAAUUAAGAAUGUGCAAACAGAUACGAAUUAUGAAAAUGAACAAAUAAAGGCUGAGAAAAUUUUGUCAAUCUUGUCCAACAAGUGUAAAACUGAAUUUCGGAGCAAACUAGUGGAUACCUUGAAAAGCAUGAACCAAUGUACUUUGGCUGAUUCGAUUUUGAAUUACGAGUUAAAAAAACUGAAAUGAAGGUGAAGAUUUUUCUUUUAAGUGACAAAUUCAAAUGUUUUACUGAGAACAUUGUGAGACUAAGUUCAUAUCAAAUUAGCACCAUGUAUUGGACAAUGCGUAUAUAUGGACAUUUCUAUAUAAUCAUAUCAACACAAUUAAAAUAGUUUAGUUAUAGCAUCAACAUAUUGAUUAGUUUUAAGAUUUGUCGCUAAAUUGCUUCAUGUCAUGUUUGUGCUGUACCCAGGCCACGUUUACACUAUACCGGAUUAUUAUCGUAGCAGGUUAGAUUAUCUUCGUAUUAAAAGGCAGAAGGCAGUGAAAUUGUUCAACGUCAGAAAUACAAUCAAAUAGACUAAAUCUAUCAACUUCAUAAGCUCUUAUUCUAAUUUUACUGAAAGUUUGCUUUGUAGGAGUAAAAGAUUAGGCUAGGUUUGCCCCUAGCUAUACUUUAUAUAUAUUUCUUAGUAUUGAACUAGUACUUUGCUAAAUAAAGUCAUAAAAGUCAA